ACCAGGCUCUGCCUCUGGGCUUUCUUUCUGUUCCAGAGACCCAGUACCACAAUAUUUAAAUCACUGUGGCGUUAAACACGUUUUAAUAUCUGAUAGGGCCAGUUUCUGCGCAUUGCACAUUUUUUUUUUCCUUUCAGGAACGUGUUCGGGCCCGCGGCAGGGGGCGGGGUCGCACCUCCUCCGCGGCUCUGGUUCCAGCAGAGCCUCUCAGACGCGGAGAUGGAAAUCCCGAGGCUGCUCCCGGCUCGCGGGAUGCGACAGGGCGGCGGCGCUGGCAGCCCCGCGGGCGGCGGCCGAGUCCACGGAGGCCCCGACCCGCGGGCUGGCCAGGCCCCCGCGCGCCGCCUCCUGCUGCUCCGGGGCCCCCAAGAUGGCGGGCCCGGGCGGCGGCGCGAGGAGGCCCGCGCGGCCUCGCGGGGCCCGGGCUCGGGCCCGAGCCCUUUGGCGCCCAGGCCCGAUCAGGCCGGCGGCGGCGGCGGCGGCGGCGGCGGCGGCGACUUCUUCCUGGUGCUGCUGGACCCGGUGGGUGGCGACGUGGAGACCCCGGGCGCUGGCCAGGCCGCAGGGCCCGUCUGGAGGGAGGAGGCCGAAGCCGGCCCAGGGCUCCAGGGGGGCGAGAGCGGCGCGCGCCCCGCGGGCCGCCCCGCGCCAGGGCCCCGCUGCCUGUCCGCGCUCCCGGUCCCGGUCCCGGCCGCGGCCCCGGCCCCGGCCCCCGCCCCAGGCCUGGGCCCCGCCGCGGCCUUCGCGGGCACCGUGACCAUCCACAACCAGAACCUGCUGCUGCGCUUCGAGAACGGCGUCCUGACCCUGGCCACGCCCCCGCCGCCAGCCUGGGAGCCCGGGGUCGCGCCUGCCCCGCAGCCCGGCGGGCUGGUCGCCCCGCAAGCGGGGGUCGCGCACGCCGCGCAGCCCGGCGACUGCCCGGAGCUGCCGCCGGACCUCCUGCUGGCCGAGCCCGCGGAACCCGCGCCCGCCCCUGCGCCCGAGGAGGAGGCGGAGGGCCCGGCCGCCGCCGAGAGCCCCCGCGGGCCGCUGGGCCCCGGCCCGGGCGUGGUGCUCUACCUGUGUCCGGAGGCGCAGUGCGGGCAGACCUUCGCCAAGAAGCACCAGCUGAAGGUGCACCUGCUGACGCACAGCAGCAGCCAGGGCCAGAGGCCCUUCAAGUGCCCCCUGGGCGGCUGCGGCUGGACAUUCACCACCUCCUACAAGCUCAAGAGACACCUUCAGUCGCACGACAAACUGCGGCCCUUCGGCUGCCCGGCGGAGGGCUGCGGUAAGAGCUUCACCACCGUGUACAACCUCAAGGCGCACAUGAAGGGCCACGAGCAGGAGAACUCGUUCAAGUGCGAGGUGUGCGAAGACAGCUUCCCCACGCAGGCCAAGCUCAGCGCCCACCAGCGCAGCCACUUCGAGCCCGAGAGGCCCUACCAGUGCGCUUUUUCGGGCUGCAAGAAGACGUUCAUCACGGUGAGUGCUCUGUUUUCCCAUAACCGCGCCCACUUCAGGGAGCAGGAACUCUUUUCCUGCUCCUUUCCUGGCUGCAGCAAACAGUACGACAAGGCUUGCCGGCUGAAAAUCCACCUGCGGAGCCACACCGGCGAGAGACCUUUCCUUUGUGACUUUGACGGCUGUGGCUGGAACUUCACCAGCAUGUCCAAACUGUUAAGGCACAAGAGGAAGCACGACGACGACCGGAGGUUCAUGUGCCCCGUGGAAGGCUGUGGGAAAUCCUUCACGAGGGCCGAGCAUCUGAAGGGCCACAGCAUAACCCACCUGGGCACGAAGCCUUUCGUGUGCCCCGUGGAAGGCUGCUGUGCCAGGUUCUCCGCCCGCAGUAGUCUCUACAUUCACUCCAAGAAACACUUGCAGGACGUGGACACCUGGAAGAGCCGUUGCCCAGUGUCCACCUGUAAUAAACUCUUCACAUCGAAGCACAGCAUGAAGACCCACAUGGCCAAGAGGCACAACCUCAGCCAGGACCUCUUGGCUCAGCUAGAAGCUGCAAAUUCGCUCACACCCAGCAGCGAACUGACCAGCCAGGGACAGAGUGAUCUCAGCGACGCAGAGCUGGUGUCCCUCUUCUCUGACGUGCCUGGCAAUAAUAGUUCCGCUGCAGUGCUGGACACGGCCUUGGUGAACUCGGGAAUCUUGACCAUCGAUGUGGCUUCCGUGAGCUCCACUCUGGCUGGGAGCCUCCCUGCUAGCAACAGUAAUGCCUUAGGGCAGGCCGUGGACCCGCGCGCCCUGAUGGCCACCACUGACCUCCCUCAGAGCCUGGAUACCUCUCUCUUUUUUGGAACCACAGCCACCGGUUUUCAGCAGGGCCCCUUAGAUAUGGAUGAUGUCACCAGUGUGAGUGCGGGGCCGCUGGGCUCUCUGGGCUCUCUGGCCAUGAAAAACUCCAGUCAGGAGCCCCAGGCUUUGACCCCCAGCAGUAAGCUGACUGUGGACACGGAUGCUCUGACUCCUUCAAGCACCCUUUGUGAAAACAGUGUCUCGGAACUACUGACGCCGACCAAAGCGGAAUGGAACGUACACCCUGACGCUGACUUCUUUGGGCAGGAGGAAGAAACCCAGUUUGGAUUCUCCAACCCAGUGGGAAACCAUGGCUGUCAGAAAGAAACAGAUCUGAUCACAGUGACUGGCAGCUCAUUUUUGGUUUGAAAAAGAACAGAGCCCCAGGCUACACGUUUGGCGGUUUCCAAUGCUGAUCUGGAGUCUGGAACUGAUGAGUUGUGUGGCCCUGAGCAAGUCACUUAACCUGUCUGAGCCUUAAUGUCCUUAUUUAUAAAAUGAGGUGGUUUGAAUAGAGUGUUUC